GAAAAUUUUCAUCUUCAUAUCCUCAUCGAACAAAAUAUUUAUUUUAAAGAAUAAAAUUUCUUCUUCAAAAAAAUCAUUUCAUAAUGAACAAACUUUUGUAUUUGACUUUUUUAGCCUAUAUUUUCUUAUUCACUGUUACCAUCUCUUCCGCCUCACCCACCCUUAAUAAAAGGUGGUGUGAGUGCACAACGGCGUUUGCGAAUUUUAACAGUACUCACCUCUCAGGUCCUUUCAGAGGUACCGUUACGUAUUUUCAACACGAAGACGGCAGAACUACCGUUUUUGGCGCUUUCUCUAAAGGUUUCCGACAUGGUUGUCAUUACAAUUUUACGAUUGUUAAAAACAAUAAAGUCAUCUUUGAUCUCACAAAGGGAUUAAAUGUACAAAUUAAUAAGGAUGGUUCUACUCGUCCUUUCAAUCAUACAUUUAGCGAUCUUCAACUUACUUGUGGCAGCCAUCCUGUUCUUGACCCAUAUACAAUGGUUCAGGGUAACGGUGAAAAUGGUGCGGCAAACUUUUAAAUAUACUAUUGUACAACGUUGGUUUGUUUGUUGGGGUAUAGAUGAUUUAUUUGUUACAUAGAGCAUGCCUUAAUAUCCCCCUAACAAAUUCGAGAAUAUAAUGCAAUAACAAAAAUACAUUUUAAUUUUAUUAUCGAGGACGGAUCUUUUAUUACCACGAAUUUUUAAUUCUAUCUUCUACAUUAUGAAAAUUUUUCUACUUGUAAUGUGUACUGUAGCAGAAUUUAUAUUAAAAAAGUCUCGUACUUAAUGGAAUUUAUAAUGAAAUAAAAUAAAAUUAUGUCCCUGUUAACCACAUGUUAAUUUUAAAAUUGUGUCAGGUCAAUUUAAACAAGUAAAAUUAUUUAAAACAUUCAUAAUU